CGUCACUCCUUGGGCGCGUGCGUACCGACGCCCAAACCAACACCCGUCACCAUGAGCAAGAUGUGGGAAGUUGACCCUGAGACGAGGAGUAAGCUACUCGAGAUCCAGAAGGAAAAUAAGAACAAUGUCUGCGUCGAUUGUAAUGCGCCGAGCCCACAAUGGGCCUCUCCCAAACUCGGCGUCUUCAUGUGCCUCUCCUGUAGCGGCGUCCACCGCGGACUAGGCGUGCACAUCUCCUUCGUGCGCUCCAUCACCAUGGACGCCUUCAAGCCCGCCGAGCUCGACCGCAUGGCCGCCGGCGGCAACAAGCCCUUCCAAGACUUCUUCAACGCGCACGCCUCCAACAAAGCCGAAUCGCGCACUUUCGACGCCUCCUCCAUCAGCGAGCGCUAUGACAGCUACGCCGGCGACGAGUGGAAGGAGCGCCUAACGGCCAAGGUCGAGGGCCGCGAGUACGACGCCUCGAACCUCCCGAAGCGCGUCAAGAAGGAUAAAGAGCCGGCACCAACGCCGCUAAGUGGACGCGCUUCGGCAGCUGGGAGCAGGAGCCAUACGCCGCUCUCUCGCACACGCCCAACAGAUGUUUCCGGGCUCCCCGCGCGGUCUGGGUCGCCGGCGCUCGGGACCAGCUCGCUGGGUGCGUCGAAGAAGGUGCAGAAUGAGGCUUUCUUUGCGCGCAAGGGGCAGGAGAACGACAGCCGUCGUGCGGAUCUGCCGCCUUCGCAGGGCGGGAAGUACGCGGGCUUUGGCAGCGAGCCUGCGGGGUGGAAGAACGAGAAUCCUGAUGCGCCGCCCGCUAUCGACGACUUCCAGAAAGAUCCCAUUGCGGCGCUGACGAAGGGGUUUGGGUGGCUAGGUGCUACAGUGGGGAAGGGCGCGAAGACGGGUUAUGAAGGGUGGGUUAAGCCGGGGGUGCAGAAGCUCUCCGAAGCCGACCUCGCCGCCCAAGCCCGCCAAACAGCCGCCUUGCUCGGCCAGGGUAUCCAGCAAGGAACCUCGGCCGCCGCGACGUCCAUAAGCCGCUUCGUCGAGGGCGAAGACGACCAGUCCAACACUACGAGACCCGGCCGCAAGGCGCCGGAGAAGAAAGACUUCUGGGACGAGUUCGGCCAAGCCCCCGCGGGCCCACCGCCCAAUAAGCGCGACUUCUGGGAUGAUUUUGCGAAUGCGGGUGCGGCGGGCGAACCGGUGGGAGUAGGGGCACGGCAGAAGAGCAAGCCGAGUGGGAUCGGCACAGCGGCGAUGAAGAAGACGGGUGGUGGGGGAGCUGCGGGGAAGAAGGAGGAUGAGUGGGACAACUGGUAGAGCAAGAGAUGUUUAGGGGCGUGCUCGGGGUUAGGAGGAGUUUUGGAGUUUUGGCUGGACGGAGGGAAGCAUAGGGGAUAUGAGGUUUUAUUGCAUGAGAAAGGAGAGGCGUGAUGUAUGAUUAGAAAUAGUAUUCAUCUAAAUACAGAGUUUUGACUGUGGG